AAAUUAGCUGCAGCAUACAAUGGGUUUGGCUAAUAUAGCGUUUCGCCACAUUUUGGCAAUAUGGUUGCUUUGCUUAUCAUUUUCCAUUAAUGGCGAUGCCGCCACUUGUACUACCAUUAUUGUGGGCGCUGGCAUGUCCGGAAUAAUGGCGGCGAAGAGAUUGUCUGAGAAAGGAGUGACAGAUUUUAUAAUAUUGGAGGCGACGAACAGAAUUGGGGGAAGAAUGCAGAAGAAGACAGUGGGAGGGUACACUGUUGAGAUGGGUGCCAACUGGGUGGAAGGCGUAGGGUCGGCAGAGAACGUGAAUCCCAUUUGGCCUCUUGCUCAGAAAUACAAUCUCCGGAACUUCAAGUCUGAUUGGAGUAAUCUCAGCUACAAUAUCUAUGAUCAGGAGGGAAGCUUAUUGCCGCAAUCGGUGGUGGCGGGGCCGUUUGAGAAAGCGACUGAGUCGUCGGAUUUCAGUGCAAAUCUAUCGGAAACAUUUACGGCAAAUGGAGAGGACGACAUCUCAAUCUUAGCGUCUCAGCGCGUUUUCGGGCAUAUUCCAACUACUCCUUUGGAGAUGGCCAUCGACUUCUUCUUCUACGACUUCGAAAUUGCAGAACCUCCGCGCGUAACGAGCUUAAUGAAUGUGGAGCCCAUUGCAACGUUCGAAGACUUUGGCGAUGACAGUUACUUUAUAGCAGACAGUCGAGGAUACGAACAUGUUGUGCAUCAAUUGGCUAAGCGAUUUCUCAAGUCUAAAAAUGGAGACAUAAUCGACAAGCGCCUCAAACUCAACAAGGUGGUGAGUAAAAUCGAGUAUAGUGGCAGUGGCGUGAAUGUCUCCACAGAGGAUGGGUCAGUUUACACUGCAAAGAACACCAUUGUAUCUGUUAGCGUGGGAGUGCUGCAGACAAAGCUUAUUGAGUUUAAACCCGAUCUGCCCAUAUGGAAACUACUGGCAAUAUACAAAUGGGAUAUGGUGAUCUACUGCAAGAUCUUCAUGAAGUUCCCUUACAAAUUCUGGCCAACUGGAGGACCAGGAACCGAGUUCUUCAUGUACACCCAUGAGAAAAGAGGGUACUACAAUUUCUGGCAGCACCUGGAAAACGAGUAUCCUGGAGGAAACCUUCUUAUGGUAACUGUACAAGACGAGGAAGCCCGAAGGAUAGAACAGCAGCCUGAGGAGGAGACUAAAGCUGAGAUCAUGGAGGUUUUAAGAAAGAUGUUUGGCAAUGGCAUUCCAGAGAUGACUGAUAUCUUGAUUCCCAAAUGGGGACACGACCGUUUUUACAAGGGAACGUAUUCAAACUGGCCAAUUGGUGUCUCUGUGCAAGAGUUUCACGAGUUAAAGGCACCAGUUGGUCCUGUAUUCUUCACUGGCGAACAUACCAGUCAAAAGUAUAAUGGAUUUGUGCAUGGUGCCUAUCUAGCAGGCAUUGACACCGCUAACAUGGUGUUGGGUUGCAUUAAAAAUGGCAAAUGCGCUAACAAUUCGACUCUCACAAACAAGAAGCCUGAAUUCACAAAUACAGACACUCGCGGUUAUUCAGAGAUCAAAACGGAGAAAAGGUUUGGAAGUCGAGCAAGAAGAAAGGCCCAAAUUUCAGGAAAGUCUUCUGUGUGCGGGGAAAAAUGUUGAAAGCCCAUUCUGAGUUAAAUCUGAAGCAUGUCUUUUAUUAUUGAUUUCAUCUAAGUGAGUGCAGUAUUUAGUCCUAAAGAGAAAAAGAGUUGUUUACUCCUCCCUUCAAAGGGUCUUUUCAUAGAAUCUAA